UUCACGUCUCAGUAAAUAUUUUUCAGGACGUUUCGAAGACAGUGGGGGACAAGAAAGAGAAAGAAGGAACACCGCUCGUGCGUGUUUGGCCGGUAAAAGCCCCCAGGGGUAAAACGGCCGUAUCUCGCGGUCCGAGGAGCGGAAGAAAUCGCCAGCCAACGGGUCUGCUGAGCGGCCUUGCGGAUCAUCUCGUGCACGCUCCCGAAAAGAACCGUCGCACGGCUAGGCUGACCCUCGCACCAACCCCCACUGGAGGACAAGAUGGCAGAAACGGAAGAAUUUACGGUAGAUCAGCAGAAAGGAGAGCAGCACCCUAACCGGUCAUCAACGAGCAUGGAUGAUCGCGGUCACCCGUCAACCUCACAGCGUGAUCGUCCUGGACGUUACGGUGACGACGAUCGUUCGCACCAUCGUGAUCGAGACAAACGUGAUCGCGAACGAAACCGAGAUCGAGAUUACAGUAGUCGGUAUCGCGAUCGAAGAGGAAGUGAGCGUCAUAAAGAUCGUGAAGACGACUCGGAACGACGCCACGAUCGUUACCGGGAACGACAUCGACGUGAAAGGCAUGGCAGUAGAAGCCCGGUUGAUGAUCGUCGCGAAAAGUCUCGCAAACGUUCGAAGAGUCGCGACCGUGAUCACUACUCCCAGCGCGAUCGAUCCACCCAGAAUCGGCUGUCGGAGGAGAUAGACAACGAGCUGGCUAAUCUGCGGCGGCAGCAUGAGCUCAAGGAAGCGAUGAGAAAGCAGCAAAAUCCUGAAUGUGAAUCUUCGGACGAAGGCAAAUCGAAUCAAGUAGAUCCAUUCGGUCCCCAUACAGCCAUCAGACGCAGCCAGACAACGGUCGCACCACAGCCGGAUAAGCGCAAAUUAGACUUUUUAUCUGAUAACCAGCAAAGUGCACCGGUCGAAUACGUGCCCGAGAUACAGACGGAGGAGGAACGCAUCGAGUUUCAGCGCAAGAUGCAAGCGAAACUGCAACAGCACCUGGCCGCGGAAGGCAAGCUGUACCCACCUCCGCCGAAGCCCCGUGAACCGGCCCCUCCCGUCGUUGUGUCUGGCUUUGCCAACGAUGGGUCAUUUUUGGAAAUGUUUAAACAACUCCAGCAGCAGCCGAUUGUGGCCGCAAACACUGCAGCUCCGUUCGGAGUUGGAGCACCGGCGACGGGGACAGUUCCCGCUGCAGCAGUUGCAGCAGCAGCAGCAGCAGCAACAGCAACCGUGCCGUUCGUCGACACGAAUCCAGUUACUGUAGCAGCAAUUGGUUCGUCGAUUGUUCCGACUUUGGCCGGUGUCAGUAUCGCGCAACACGCACUUUCUCCGUUGGGUCAUCCAUUCAAGAUGGUGCCCGGCGUACCGGCGGCCAGACCGUCAACACUGGUGGCACAAUCGAUUGCACCGGUCGCGAAGCCAACUCCCAAAGAACCACCGCCACCACCACUGCCGGUGUUUGGCCGUCGGCGAGGGGGGAAGAUUCUUAAAACAGGCAUGGUAAAGAAGGUUCGUCCAGUUGAGGAGACCGCGACCGACGCACCGAACGAUGCCUGGUCUCUUUAUCUGCAGGAGGUGAAGAAGUACAAGAGUGCUUCUUGCGACGCUGACUCCAAGACUCGGCCGCUCGUCAAAUAAGGGCCGUGGGCUGGGUAUACUAUGAGUGGCGUACCGUUUGAAGCAGAUGGUUAAAAGAGGACAUCUGUCAUUGAUACGAUUUGCGCCAGUAACUUUUUCGGCUCAACAAUAUUCUCGCAUAUUUUAUGAAACGAAAUUGUCAUUUUUCUGCGGAAAUGAUUUUUGACAUUUCGUGGGGCACAACACGUAUCAGUCAUUCCUACUUAAAGGAUCCUAGGAUUAGGUUGUAAUUUAUAUAACUUCAAUGUAUUUUAAUCUCAAAUGGGAACCAUCUUUGCUAUGCCCGGCUCAUACCUGCGUGUCCGGAAUGGUAGAAAUGGAACAGGUGGGAAAAAUUCAAUAAUCGAUCGGAUCACGAAAAUGUAUCAGAUUGGAAAUAAGGCACACAAGAGUUUACCACAAGAUCGUUUCGGAGUUCACGUAGACGCGUGAACACAUGUUUGACCCGUUCUUCUCUUUGGACUACCGUCCACAUUUAU